AUGGCGAGCGGCACGAUCCACUACAAGUUUAAGAGCGCGAAGACGUUCGAUACGCUGGCGUUCGAUGGGUCGUUCAUCGCGGUGAGCGAGCUGAAGCGGCUGAUCAGCGAGAAGAAGGGAUUGGGGAAGGAUCACGCGUGCGAACUGGUGCUGACGAACGCGCAAGAUGGGAAUGAGUACGACGAUGAGAGCGCGUUGGUGUGGAAGAAUACGUCGGUGAUCGUGCGACGCGUGCCG